CACACAGGAGGAGUGUUUGUUAGUUAGUCAGGCAGUCAGUCACUCAGGGCGGCUUUGACAGGCCGCUUUACCGCCAUUCUAAACGAAGACGGAGCGCAACCAAAUUACGCGCACACACACUCACACACUCACACACACUUCCUCAGCAAUGUCGUCGCGUUAAACUCGGUGUUUCGCUGGAGAACAAACUCAAGCUCCCGCCUCGGUGUGUGUGUGUGUGUGUGUGUGUGUUAGUGCGUGCGUGCGCUUGUGCGUGUGUGUGUGUGUGUUUGUGCAGGCGGAUACCGGAGCGUUUCAGCGCGCGAGCUCACCGACUCUCUGCUUCUCUGCAACAACCAACAUCACGAUUAUCGAGGAGUCCAGUGAGGUCUCUUGUCCUGGGGCAUGAUGGCAGAUCCUGUGGAGCAGGAUGGGAAGGAGCUGAGUCCGGUGGACUUCAUCCAGCUGCAGCAAUACAUGGACUAUUGCAGUUUGAAGGUGAAAGAUGUGCUGAGGGAAUUCGACGCAGAUGGCCAGCUGGCUCGGUACAGGCAUGGAGAGUGCAUUGAUAAGGAAGGCUUCCGUCUCUUCCUGAACACAUAUCUGGAGGUGGACGAGUUCCCUCAGGAUCUCUGCGAGCGCCUCUUCAACUCCUUCAAGACCUCCGAUGAGGCCAGGGAGGUCUUCCUUAAAGACGUGUCCUGUUAUUUCUCCCUGCUGGAGGAUGGGCAGCCUCGAGACAAACUAGAGUUCGCUUUCAGACUUUAUGACCGAGACGGCAACGGAGUCCUGGACAGUUCAGAAGUGGACCGGAUUAUCGCUCAAAUGAUGCACGCAGCUGAUUAUCUGGGCUGGGACGUGUCAGAGCUCAGACCUGUGCUGAAGGACAUGAUGACAGCGAUUGACUCGGACAGCAGUGGAACCGUGUCACUGGACGAGUGGGUGGAAGGAGGGAUGAACAAUGUGCCUCUACUGGUCUUACUCGGGUUGAAGGUGACUCAGACGGAUGGGCAGCACCUGUGGAGGAUGAAGCAUUUUAACAAACCGGUGUACUGUAACGUGUGUCAGAGCAUGCUGCUGGGGCUGCGCAAACAGGGCCUCUGCUGCACAUGCUGCAAGUACACGGUCCACGGGCGCUGCGCCAACAGGAAUCCAACUCCGUGCACUCGCACCUACGUCAAAUCCAAGAAGGAGGCUGGGGUUUCAACCCACGACUGGGUGAUUGGGAGCUGUGAGUCUGGGAAGUGUGACAAGUGUCAGAAGAAGAUUAAGGGUUUGCACGGAAAAAGCUGUGCGUGGUGCCAUACUACGCGCCAUAACGAGUGCGCGACCCAGGAGCCUUCAGAGUGUAACUGCGGCCCACUGAGAGAUCACAUUUUACCACCGUGGGCCAUUUACCCCGUCAUUAAGGAGAGACAAAACUGUGUGAAGAACGGAGCGUCAGAUGACACUGAGUGCAACACUACACCUGAUGGACAGGUACUGCAGGUAAUUCCAAUUCCUAACUCUCAUCCUCUUCUGGUGUUUGUGAACCCUAAAAGUGGAGGCAAACAGGGUGAGAGAGUUCUGCGCAAAUUCCAGUAUUUGUUAAACCCUCGACAGGUUUAUAACCUCUCCAAUGGUGGACCAGGACCAGGGUUGAGCUUCUUCAGGGAUCUUCAGGACUACAGAAUAUUAGUGUGUGGAGGUGAUGGGACUGUGGGCUGGAUCCUCGAUGCCCUAGACAAGGCCAACCUGCCAGUGCGCCCUCCAGUGGCCGUGCUUCCUCUCGGCACAGGAAAUGACCUCGCGCGCUGUCUGCGAUGGGGAGGAGGUUAUGACGGCGUGGACCUGAGCCGUAUCCUGAAGGAGCUGGAGUUCAGCACGCUGGUACAGAUGGACCGCUGGAGUGUGGAGGUGGUGAUGGAGGACAGUCAAGAGAAAGGAGACCCCGUGCCUUAUGAGAUCAUCAACAACUACUUCUCCAUCGGAGUGGAUGCGUCGAUUGCUCACCGGUUUCAUACCAUGCGUGAAAAACAUCCACAGAAAUUCAACAGCAGAAUGAAGAACAAGCUCUGGUACUUUGAGUUUGCCACCUCGGAGACGAUCUCGGCAUCCUGUAAAAAACUCAAGGAGUGCCUCACCAUAGAGUGUUGCGGCAUUCAGCUGGACCUCAGUAACCUCUCCCUGGAAGGCAUUGCCAUCCUGAACAUUCCCAGCAUGCACGGCGGAUCCAACCUGUGGGGUGAAGCCAAAAAGAGUGACCGAGCGAGCCAGGAAUUGCCUGAGGUUAUCGUAGAUCCUGAAGACUUAAAAGUCAGCCCUCAAGACAUGAGUGAUAAGCGCCUGGAGGUGGUGGGACUGGAGGGAGCGAUAGAAAUGGGACAAAUCUACACAGGCCUGAAGAGUGCUGUCCGGCUUGCCAAGACCUCCCAGAUCACCAUCAGGACAAAGAAGCCCCUGCCCAUGCAGAUCGAUGGAGAGCCGUGGAUGCAGCCGCCGUGUACUAUUAAUAUCACACACAAGAACCAAGCCUGCAUGCUGAUGGCUCCUCAAACCAAAUCCUCCGGCUUCUUCAACCUAAAGUAGUGUCUGCGUCUGCGCCUGCACCUGCAUCAGCAACUUGACAUGUUUAUGUGGUCCAUAUAUAGCAAUUAAUAUAUAUAUAUGGAUGCUGAAACCAAUGUGGCCAAACUGUGUGUGCGCGUGUGUAUUGAAAAGGAUUAAUAUAUACACAGAAUAUGAUGCUUCAGUUUAUAUUUUGAAACCUGUGUUCUGAGGAGAUCUCCUUUUCACACUGUCACUUACCUCAGUGGUGCAUCAAGAAUGCAGUGUUAGUUUUACUUGAUCCCCGUCGUGCCAUUACUGUCCAUCACAGUACCGAGAAGGUCCAGAUCACAGCAACAACACACCACGGCAAGAACCACCGCUUUCGUUUUCAGUGACCUAAAUCUUCAACAGCUUUAGAAACUACUAAUCACGAUUAACAUCAAGGUAUAAACCGGCUGUAUUAGGUUAGGCGUUAGGGUUUAGAGUGAAUAUCCGAGUGUGCGAAGAUUGCCAACGCAGCCUGUAAUUGUGUUUACACCUGAAACGUGUGGUGUAAUAUUUAGAUAACAUAUUAAUCGUUUUAAAUGAAUGAUUUCACAUUUUGCCUGGUUAUGCUGAUGUUAGCAAGAGAUGCUUAAUUCAGUCUCUUCAAACUGACCAUCCUACUAUACUAGUUAGUAUAUUUUAACAGCUUGAAGUUUAAGUUUACAACUUAACUGUGUUCAUACUUCUCUUAAAUCGAUAGAUAUUAUACACACACACACACACACACACACACACACACACACACACAUGCUUAUAAAAAUAGAUUGUGAUAAGUCACAUGCCUUUUAAGAGCUGACAUCAUACUGUCACCUUUAGCUUAUUUCCUGAGAAUGUGGAUCUUUCAGAUUACUGCCUGUAAAAAUGACUGAAUAAAUGUCACAAAAUGUUUAAUUAAAG